CUCGGAGCGGCGAGAUCUGAGGCGACUCAACACGGCGUUCAAAUCUCUCUCUCUCUCCUUCUCUCUCUCUCUCUCUCUCUCUCUCUCCUUCUCUCUCUCUCUCUCUCUCUCUCUCUCUCCUUCUCUCUCUCUCUCUCUCCUUCUCUCUCUCUCUCUCUCUCUCUCUCUCACUCCCCCCUCCUCCCCCCCUCCCUCGUCUUCCUACCUGAUUCAGAUCCGCUCCGACGCUAUGCGUACCGAGCGCGUCUCUCUCUGCAAGGCGAGCACCACCGGAGAGAGAGAGAGAGAGACCCGCACGCUGCCGCCGCACGCCGCCGACCGUGAGCACCUAAACGCCGGCCGGACGAGCGACCCAGGCCGGGCAACAGGAGCGGGGAGACGCCGCCGCUGAUUAACCUCCAGGUGGAGGACGGAGGACGGAAUUAACGCGCCGAGAGUUUUGGCGAGUGCGGCGUCCCGGAGCCCGCCGUCCCCUUCUUCUUCUUCCCCUUCUUCUUCUUCCCCUUCUUUUAUUCCUCCUCCUCUCGCCAUGGCCUCCAAGCUGAACCCCAACGUCCUGUACGUGGCGGAGCACGGCGACUCUCUGGGGUCGCCCCAAGCGGACUCGGAGAGGACUCACAUCGCCGGAGAAGCUGGAGACGAGUCAUCGGACAGCGACGGGGAACAAGAGGAGACAUCGCACAAGUUGAUCCGCAAGGUGUCGACUUCGGGACAGAUACGGGCCAAGAAAAGCGUGAAGGAGGGGAUCCUGUUAAAGCAGACAAGCUCUUUCCAGAGAUGGAAGAGGAGGUACUUCAAACUCAGAGGGAGGACCCUCUACUACGCCAAAGACUGCAAGUCUCUGAUUUUUGAUGAAGUGGACCUAUCGGACGCAAGUGUGGCCGAGACCAGCACCAAGAACAUCAACAACAGCUUCACGGUGAUCACUCCAUUUCGCAAACUAAUGUUAUGCGCCGAGAGCAGGAAGGAAAUGGAGGACUGGAUCGUCGCUCUCAAAUCCGUCCAGAAAUGGGAAACCUACGAGGCCAGCCAGUUCAACAUGGAGCAUUUCUCCGGGAUGCACAACUGGUACGCCUGCUCGCACGCCAGACCGACCUUCUGCAACGUCUGCCGGGAGGCUCUGCCGGGCGUCACCUCCCACGGCCUCUCCUGCGAAGUGUGCAAGUUCAAGGCUCAUAAGCGCUGUGCAGUUCGCUCCACCAACAACUGCAAAUGGACCACGCUGGCCUCCAUAGGGAAUGACAUCAUCGAGGACGAGGAAGGGGUGUUCAUGCCCCACCAGUGGCUGGAAGGCAACCUGCCGGUCAGUGCCAAGUGUGUGGUGUGCGACAAGAACUGUGGCAGCGUGCGGCGGCUGCAGGACUGGCGCUGCCUCUGGUGCAAAGCCAUCGUCCACAACAGCUGUAAAGAACAAAUGGGCAAGGUGUGUCCAUUGGGUCAAUAUCGAGUGUCAAUCAUUCCUCCCACUGCACUUAACAGCAUCGACUCAGAUGGCUUCUGGAAGGCCAACUCUGCGUCGUGCUCCAGCCCCCUCCUGGUCCUGGUCAACUCCAAAAGCGGAGACAACCAGGGCGUGAAGUUCCUCCGCAAGUUCAAGCAGCUCCUCAACCCGGCUCAAGUCUUUGACCUGAUGAACGGAGGACCGGAGCUCGGCCUGCGCCUCUUCCAGAAGUUCGUGACGUUUCGUAUCCUGGUGUGUGGGGGAGACGGCAGCGUGGGCUGGGUGCUCUCGGAGCUGGAUAAACUCAACCUCCAUAAACAGUGCCAGCUCGGCGUCCUGCCUCUGGGAACGGGCAACGACCUGGCCCGGGUUCUGGGCUGGGGGGGCCUCUGUGACGACGACGCCCAGCUGCUGCAGAUCCUGGAGAAGCUGGAGAGAGCCACCACCAAAAUGCUGGACCGAUGGAGCGUGAUGACGUACGAGGUGCCCACGCCCACCAAACGCACGCCGCUGGGCCGAGACGACGACGGCCUCGAUUCGCCUCUGCAGGGCCACAUCACUCAGUACGCCGACUCCGUGGCCUCCCACCUCGCCAAGAUCCUGGACUCGGACAAGCACAGCGAUGUCAUUUCCUCUGCCAAGUUCCUGUGUGGGACGGUGAACGACUUCGUGGCGGAGGUGGGGAAGGCGUACGAGAGAGCCACAGAGAACAAGGAGGAGGCAGAUGCCAUGGCAAAGAAGUGUUCGUUGCUGAAUGAGAAGCUCGAUUCCCUGGUCAAGGCCUUGAGUGAAGAGGCGGAGGCUCAGGUGGUGCCCGCAGGUUCGGUGCCCGGCCAGGAGAGCGGCGGUUCGAGUCCCGCGGAGAGCGGCGGCGAGUCGGGUCCGGAGGGCAGAACGUACCGGUCCAAAGAACAGCUGAUGCUCCGGGCCAACAGCCUGAAGAAAGCCCUGAGGCAGAUCAUCGAGCAGGCGGAGAAGGUGGUGGACGAGCAGAACCGACACACGCAGGUCCAGAGGAUGUCGUCCUCGUCCUCCAUCAAAAGAGAAAACAGCGAGGAGCUGAAGGACGCCGAGCCCCGUCCAGGAAGCUUAAGUCCCACCUCCCCAAUUGUUCUUGAGAAACCAGAGAGCCUCCACUCCGUCACCUUCAGCGAGGACUCUGUACAAUGUUCGGAGAAGUGUGUGAUGAACAACUACUUCGGCAUCGGCCUGGACGCCAAGAUCUCCCUCGAGUUCAACAACAAGAGGGACGAACACCCUAAGAAAUGCAGCAGUCGCACCAAGAACAUGAUGUGGUACGGCGUGCUGGGGACGAAAGAACUGGUCCAGAAGACCUACAAGAACCUGGAGCAGAGAGUUCAGCUGGAGUGUGACGGGGUUCCCAUGUCUCUGCCCAGCCUGCAGGGCUUGGCUGUGCUCAACAUCCCCAGCUAUGCAGGCGGCAUCAACUUCUGGGGCGGCACCAAGGAGGACAAUAACUUCGGCGCUCCGUCGUUCGACGACAAGAAGCUGGAGGUGGUGGCGGUGUUCGGCAGCAUGCAGAUGGCCAUGUCCAGGGUCAUCAACCUGCAGCACCACCGCAUUGCACAGUGCCGCCAGGUGAAGAUCACCAUCCUCGGGGAGGAGGGCGUUCCCGUGCAGGUGGACGGGGAGGCCUGGAUUCAGCCGCCCGGCAUCGUCAAGAUCGUCCACAAGAACCGAGCGCAGAUGCUCACCAGAGACCGAGCGUUCGAGAGCACGCUGAAGUCGUGGGAGGACAAGAGGAAGAUUGACAGCUACCGCGGCGACAGGCCCCGCCUUAACUCCCAGCAGUCCAUGGAGUACCUGACGGAGGAGGAGUGCGCUCAGGUCCAGCAGCUGGGCAUCGUGGCCGACACGCUCAUCAACAAGAUCCGCGAAGCCGCCAAGACCCACAAGCUGGUGGAGCAGGAGCUGGCUCACGCCGUCAACGCCACCGCGCUGGUGCUCACGGAGGCCAAGCUGUCCUCGCCCGAGAGACGCGUUGCUUCCGUCAUAUUUUGGACAUUUUAUUGUCGCACUUCUUUGACGAUGACGCCGUCAUGUGACCCGUGUCCUCAGUGUCUGAGCCGCAGCACGGCCGUGGAGAUCGUCAACAGCAGUAAAGUUCUGCAGGCCGAGACCCGGACGCUGCUGGACGGGAAACUCCUGUCGGACUCUCCGGAGGAGGCGGAGCUUCGGACGACCCUGAACAGCCUCAGCGCCGAGCUCCACAAGCUGGACGACAUCCACUGGAUCUGUCCGCUGAUGCAGCGCCACGAGGAGGACUCGGUGAGGGUCAACAUCAAGAGCAGCAGCAUGAAGCUGAAGAUCAUCCCCAAGGUGAAGAAGGAGAGAGAGAAGCUCCACAAGCAGAAGUCCAACAGCUCUCUCUCGGGAAAUUGGGAGAUCAAAGGUGGGGCCGGCGAGGCCGAUUCCUCGGGCAACUGAAGUCUCGCAUGGGGUGCUUAAUACUGCCCCCCUGCCAACCACCCCUAUCCCAUAAUACCCUGACCACCGGGGGUUCUCUUCGCCUCUAACCGCGACACCUAGUGGCCUGACGGAGGUGUGUGGAAGCAGAGGAAGCUCCAUCUUCACCGACCGGUACGCGUCUCUUUCCCUCGUCUGCCGGGAGGAAAUCUCGUUUCUUCUAUUUCCUGUUUCGCCUUUUUUUUUUUUUUUUUUUUGUCGGAGGGGGCGUGGCUUCACCUGUCGGUCGUCCUGCUUUUUGGUUCUGUGGCGACAAAAGAACACGGGGAACCGCAGACGUUUUUUAAAUUUUAUUUAUUUAUUUUUUGACAGGGAAAUGUGUUUUUGUGGCGCUCUCCUUGCAUGUCGAGGCUCAUAAGUUGUUAUAACGUUUGGAUUAUUCUCUCUCUCUCUCUCUCUCUCUUAAAUCGUUUUUUGUUUCUGAACUUACGAAAAACAGCCUUCAGACUUUUUGAUUUUUCUCAGAAACCUUCAAAGAGCAUAAUUUAUUUCUCGAUGCUGAAACAAAGUGAACAAACUGAAGAAACAUCUGGACCUUUAUUAUCCUCAAUGUCGCAAAAAAAAAGAAGAAGAAAAAAAAUAAUAAACUGUGCUGAGGAAUGUA